CAAAAAAUAAAAAUGGGCCAGGACCAGGAGGAGGAUAGGAUAGGUAAGAAGUCAGCCUCUGAUGGGUCUAUAAGAGAGCAUUUUGGACGUUUUGGUCAGAGAGAUUGGAAGGAAAAGCCCUCGUUUGAAUUCGACCAGCGGUUUUUAGAUUCAAUGAGUCGUCUCUUCAAGGGAAUGAGGUUCCCAGAUUCGUAUGGAGUGAGCGUUGAUGAUUUAUUUAUGAUAAGGAAAUCGGAGAGAGAGUAUAUGCAUAAGUUAUUCCCAAGGAAGAUUGAGGAUCUUAGUAUUUUAUCUAAUGGAUACCAGGAAUUUUCGAUUAAGACUUUGCUCAUCAGCAAAUACUUAUUCUUUGAAAUGAGCUCUUUGCAGUUCAGAAAAUUAUUGAGUGCAUGCAGACAUAUCAAAAUAUUACAUUAUGGAGGCUGUCACAUCUCCGUUCCUACAAAGAUAGAUUUCUGCAAAUCACUUAAGAACUGUAAGAUAAAGGAACUAUAUCUACCAACAAUCUGUGAUGAUGAGCUCAAUAAUAUUAUCAUUCUUGACAAGCAGGUUGGUAAUUUACUCAAAGGAGUAGCAGCCUGAGAAGACCUUACUAAUAGCUUGGAGAUACUAAGCAUAGGAAACUAUGAACUGUACCCUUGAGAAGUCAAUGAUAUUCUGGAAAAAUAUGGACUAGAAUGAUUAAAGUGGGAUACUUCAGUAUAAUCUUGAUUUCAAAAUUCAACCA